GCAGUCUAUAUAUCAAAUGUCCAACGAACUACAUCUAGUAUUCAAUCCUAGGAAAAGGUGAAUUUUUGUAAACAUCGUGAAAUUUGUUGGAUGCAAUUUUGAAGUCUUCUUGAAGUUUAUUUCAGCAGUGGAUAUCUCGAGACAGCAUUUUCGCCCCAGAAAGAUGUUGUGGCGUUUGGUUUUGCUGUUAGCAAGCUUAGUUGUUUAUUCAGAAACAUUGAAACAGGCUGCAAAUGGAACAUUCACUGUCGAGACAAAUGAUGGCACUGUGAGGGGUCAAGUACUCACCUCUUACUGGGGAAGAUCCUAUUACGCCUUCCAGAGCAUCCCAUAUGCUCAGCCGCCAGUUGGGGACCUCCGCUUCAAGUCACCGCGACCAGUGCAGAAAUGGAAGGGAGUGAGAGAUGCCCUAGCAGAGGGCCCGUACUGCCCCCAGGCUCAGUACAUAAAUACCAGCAGCUCCGCUUCUGAGGACUGUCUCUACAUCAAUGUUUUCAUCCCAAAGGUGCCCGAACACUUGUCAAAGAAGCCGCUCACUGUGAUGGCAUGGAUCCACGGCGGGGGAUUUCAAAAUGGAUCAGGGAUCAGAGACAGUCGUGGCCCCGACAAUUUCAUGAAUCUCACGAGCAUCUUGGUGACUUUCAACUACAGGCUGGGUGCCUUGGGUUUCCUUAGCCUCGAGCACCCGGACGUAACUACUAAUGCUGGGAUGAAGGACCAGGUGGCAGCACUGCGGUGGAUCCAAAGGAACAUAGCUUCCUUCGGUGGCAACCCCAGAGACGUGACUUUAUUCGGCCAGAGUGCUGGAGGCGUAAGCGUUGAAUUGCACCUCCUGUCUCCUUUGUCCAAUGGCUUGUUCCACCGGACCAUCACUGAGAGCGGGUCCUCGCUGGUGUACCGGACGGACUACAAUGGCACCCGAGGGGCUUACCGCCUGGCGGAGGUGCUGGGGCACAACGCGACAAGCCGAGACGACCUGGUGCGGUUCCUCCGCAGCGCCAGGGCCGAGGACAUUGUGGCCGCACAGACGCUGGCGGCCACAGAGGAGGACGGGAGGACAGUGGCGCUCAAGACGCAGCCGACGGUGGAGCCGAGGACGAGGAAGGACGCGAGGUCUUCCUGCCCGACACCCCGGAGGACCUGAUGAGGGCCGGGAGGAUCAACCCGCUGCCCGGCAUCGUCGGCGUGAACCUCCUGGAGACCAGGGACUCAGCGGUCACUGACGCGGUUCUGGAAGAUUACUAUACCGACCCUGAAUACGUGGUGCCUGAAAUACUGAACCUGACCAGAGGUUCAGCACAGUCGAAGAUGUUGGCGGCGGAGAUCAAGCACUUCUACUUUGGAACACGGG